AAGUUCUCUCUUGAACUUCGUCUGGCUCGUGAGACUCUAACCAGUCUAUAGCUCCUACUCUCGCUGUAACAGCGUGGUGUAAAUAUUUCACAUGGCUAUUCAUUGAUAACUAAUGGACCAGGAUGGAUAUAGUCUUUCUAAGUGGUUUUGUAAAAUGUUUUGCAUUUAUAGCUUUUCACUGUUUUGGACAUUGUUUGGGGGCACGGUAUCAGUUAGUCACUCCCUUCUGGGUACCUACACUGCAGUGAAUUCUGAUGAGUUCACUUGUGUCCUGUGGCUCGAUGGGGAAGCAGUCGACUCCUACAGUAGCAAUGGCAUGGACAGCGUGCCCUGUAGAAACUGGAUGCGUGAAGGAAGAGGCCGUUAUCUGUGGAAGUCUGUCAAACGCCUUAGUAUGGUGCAAUGGGACAGAGGCAGAACUGACAUCUUAAAAAAUGACAUAGGACUUAACAUGUCUGGUGCUGCUGUCCUGCAGGGGAGGUUUGGCUGUGAGAUCGAGAGAAACCCUGACUCUGGUGUAAGACCUACGAGGGCCUUUGCUCAGUACGGAUGGAAUGGAGAAGACUUCCUGUCCUUCAGCCUCAGCAGGCUUCAGUGGGAGGCUUCAACAGGAUCUGCUGUCCCCAUUGAGAGGAUGUGGAACAGGGACCAGGGCAUCAUGAAGGAAACUAAGAACUACAUGGAGGACACCUGUGUGAUGCAUCUGAAGGACAGUUUGUCUUUUGAAGCAGAGGAGAGCAAGGAGACCCCUCAGCCCACAGCUGCAGUAUUCGCUAAGAGAUCCCUGAACCCUGGGAAGAUUAUUCUGACCUGCCUAGUUUCAGGAUUUCACUGCAGUAACACGACGGUGGAGGUUUAUCAGGAUGAUGCCAUCAUCACUGAAGAAGACGGCCUUUUGUCCUCUGGGAUCAGACCAAACGGGGAUGGGACCUGCCAGCUGAGAAAGAGUUUGGACAUCUCUAACGGCACUGAGGCAUCGUAUAGCUGUGAAGUCCAGUUCGGAAGUCUUAAACGACUGGUCAAAUGGGAUGGGAAGAUAUGGGACCGGGCUGAACAAAAACAAGACCACAACAUGAGACGUCACUACUGGUUUCUUAUGGUGCCACUGGUGUUGGUCGUUGCUUUAUCACUUGUGUUUCUCAUUCGGAUCCUGAGGCGCAGAUUGCGCACACAGGCUCUGCAAAGAGAAAAACAAAUGGACCAGACCAAUUUUUUGAUGCACCAGAGGAACCCAGAUCAGCAACUUCAUCAGGAUUCAAGGGAGAAAAUCAACACCAGCCAUCCAACACAUGCAGCGGACCUUUUGAAUUGACUGUAAAUUUAGCAAUCCUACUGUAUAAAUGAUGCAAUGUAAAUGCUGUGUAAACAAUUGUGUAAAUAGUUGUGCAGGUUGCUCUGGAUCAGAGCGUCUGCUGAAAUGGCUGUAAUGUAAUGUUCUUCCUCCUAUUUCGACUUACGUUAGGUCAGAAUAAUGUUCACUUUGUGAACUGAACUGUGCCAUUGGCUAUAAAUAAGUGUACGAAAUGAGGAUUGUACUUAUCGAACCUGUGUUCUGUAGCUGUUGCAAUGACCAUCAUAUGCACUCUUGUACGUCGCUUUGGAUAAAAGCAUCUGCUAAAUAAAUGUAAUGUAAAGUGGCUCUUAGAGAGGGUACCAUAACUAAAAUACCCCAGGGUUCUCCCCUAAGAGUGUAACCGAGGCAGUGCAGUGCAGCCCUCUGUUCCCUCACUGAAGUCUAAUUACAGUUAGUCGGCUGGCCGAUGACACAGUCAUAUUUCUUCAAAAUAAAUUCCAGAUUAUAAUAAAUUGAUAAAUGCUUUUUAUUUUUUUUUACUCUUUGUCAGCUUUGAAUGUCACGGUUUUAUAUUUUGUAUUUUGUAUGUUAAAAUAAAAAUGAUUGAAUAUAAGGUG